AUGACUUCAAGACUCGAUCGACUUUUGACAUUAUUGAAUACUGGAGAUUCGUUAGCAGUAAAACGAACAGCUGCAACACAAAUUGGCCAAGUUGUUAGUACAAAUCCAAAAGAAGUCGAACCUAUUCUUAAUAAACUUAAAAAAUAUGUUAUUCAUUCAUCGUGGGAUGUUCGUAUUGCGUGUGGUUUAGCCAUCGAACUUAUUAGUAAAAAUAUAUCCGAUGAAUUUUCUGUUCUAUUUAAUUCAAAUUCACGAUAUGGACUAAAAUUAAAUUCAUUUAAUUUCCAUAAUGUUAUUACGAAUAGUGCAUCAUGUUAUCUUGGAGCACGUAAAAUUGAAGAAAUAGGCGAUUAUGAUGGCAAUGUAUCUGUACAAAAGAAAUUCGUUCGUAAAGAAUUCAAUUUUGGUUUACAAGAACGUUUUACUGGUACAGAUUUGCCAGUAGAAGAAAAUGAUUUUAAAAUUGAAUCAUUAAGUAGCGGUAGUUCAAAUGUGAAAUGUGUUUCAUCCAGUGAUUUACAACGGUUUUUGUUCGGUGACCAAUAUGCAAUUCUUGAACAAGAUUAUUCACAGGAAUCAACAUAUGCAAAAAGAUUAAAAGUAUCUAAUACGAACGAAGAAAAUGAAGAGAAUCGAUUGUCUUGGCCUUUAAAUGAUUUUUAUGAUUGGCUAGUUGAGCAAAUUUUUCAACCAUUAUGGGAAUAUCGACAUGGAUCAGUUACUGUUCUUCGAGAUCUUUUAAAAGGACAACAAUCGUUAACUAUCUCGAAUGAAUGCUAUUAUGAAUGGCUUGAAGAUUUAAGUGUUCGUUUAUUAACAUUAAUUAUUCUUGAUCGUUUUGCUGAUUAUGUUUCCGAUGAAGUAAGUUAUAUUUAG